GAAUUCCCACUAUUCAGUUGGAUGUUCCUUUCCUAAUCAUUAACUGCUUUUCUGCUCUAGACCAUCACCAUGAAAUUUGUGGCUCUAGCUCUCACUCUUCUCCUGGCUGUCGGCUCUCAGGCUGCCUCCCUGCAGGCUGAUGCACCUUCCCAGCUGGACCAAAUCCGGUCCGCUGUGGAUGUCUACCUGACUCAGGCGAAGGACGGUGCCAUCAAAGCCCUGGACCAGCUUGAUGACACUCCAUACCAAGAGCUCAAGACCACCCUGGCUCAGCGCCUGGAGGGCCUGCACACUCAGAUCAAGACUCUGCAGGCUUCCGUUUCUCCUGUGACCGACAGCGUCUUUACCACAGUCUCUGAAGCCACUGCUGACUUACGUAACAGCAUUGUGACUGAUAUUGAGGCCCUGAGAGUCGAGCUGGAACCCAAACGUGCUCAACUGAGGGAAGUCAUUGAGAGACACAUGGCGGAAUACCGCAGCCAGCUCGAGCCCAUGGUCAGAGAGUACCAUGCCAAGCACACAGCUGAAAUGGAAGAAAUGAAGACAAAGCUGGAGCCCAUUAUGACUGAGCUGCGUGAGAAGAUUCGCACCAAUGUGGAAGAGACCAAGGCUGCGUUGACACCCAUUGUAGAGAGUAUUCGUGCCAGGGUUGCUACACACGUGGAACAAGCAAGGGAAAAGUUGGCUCCCUAUGUUGAAGAAUACAAGGAGCAGCUGAGGCAGGCCUACGACCAUGCACAAAACGUCAAAACUGAAGACCUUACUGCCCUGAAGGAGAAGAUUCAUCCUCUGACCGAAGACAUCAAGGCAAAGCUCCAGCAAAUCUUUGCAAUCGUUUCCGAAACCUUCAAGAGCUAAAUCCUCCCUACCCUGUUCCUAUAACUAACCUCCCUUUCCUAUCAUGUCUAGAUCCAUUCCAAAUUUCUCUCGAUUCCUUCUUUCUUCACAAACAGACCACUUCCCUAAAAUUUAGCCUUGCUGAUGAAUUAAACGGCAGGACUCUCUCUUCCCCAGCUUACUUCAUGCAUACAUGAUCAAGCACAAGCUCCCAAACACACAGACGUGUAGAUACUCAGCACAUAAUUGCUCUAUUCUUCACAUUCUGUGCCCAACUUUUUGUGUAGCAAUCAUAUGUGAAUUAUUGCACGUGCUCAAACUCCUGUGUAAUGACGCUUGUCUGACGAAAAGUGUGCCUUGAUGAAUUACAGCUCAAUAAACAUCUGACUGUUUAUACUA